AUCCUAAGGAAGAAGAAAAAUUACGGAUCAACAGCAGCUCCAAUAAUUUACUUUGGUUUGAAUGGCCAACCUGUUCCUUUUAUGACCUGCAGCACAGUGCUGGGGAGGAACAGUCAAUGGAUGCCAAAAAUAUAAACCGGGGUGGAAAAUGCUGAGUCUAAAUUCUGUGCCCAGUUUUCUGUUAAGCCCCUUAAAUGAGGGAAAUAAAAACAGGCACACAAUGGACCCAUGUGGGACCCACAUGCAACUCACAAGAGUCCAAGAGGAUAAGGUAUUUUACUGAGCAAUAAAAACAAGUGUGCCCUUUAAGAGUAGAGAUUGUUUGGUUGUUUCAUCUAGUCUGGUGAUUGGGACUAUCUGUGAACUUCGCUUCCUAAUUAAUCAGGGCCGUGCAGCCUUGGUUAACUAAUAACAAGGCUCUAUGCAAAUAAGCUUUCGGGUUGGAAUGGAGAGGAGAGCUGUACCAUCUGCCAGCCAUUUCCACCCCCACCCACUCCCAACCCCCGCACGCACCUUGCAUUUGGUGGGGAAAGACUUGGGGACUGAAGGGGUUAAUAUGCUUGGGGGCAAAAGCAGCAGAUCAAACGCCUGAGCAAAAAUGCAAGAUAUGCUGCUCUGAACAUGCCAUGACCUGCAGCAAUGCCGCCCCCAGCAGCCGGCCGCAAACGGCUCCUCCAUGCUGCACACUAUGCUGCGUUCCAGUGUAAAGAACAGGAAGGCAACCUGCUGCCGUGAGACGGUGCUAACCCAGUUUGGUCCCGUGCCCACAGGCAGGACUAAAACCCGGCUGUCACAUAGUUAGGGUUUGCUCCUGUCCCCACUGAAGCCAAUGGCAAGGCUCCCACUGGCCGCAGGGUCAGACCCUUCGAGCGCAGUGCUCGGACAGGGGACAUUUUGUAGUUGAAAUGGGCCCGUAGCGAGACAGAGGCUAAAUGAGAACAGACAAAUGCUUUCUAGGCCCUAUGCCAAUCUUCGUCUGCUGAGUCUCUGUAACCCUUGUUCAUGCGAGUCUCAGACCCUUGCCAGCAACAGCUGCGUUAAUACACAACGGCGUCUAUCAUCGUUUCCCUGUGCGGCACGGACAAGGGUUUUCUCUUGUCUGGGGUGUGAGACGGAACUGCAACUAACUGGCAAUAUUCAGGACUCGUAGUGUGCACGACCUGCCAUUCAGAGGUUCUGAGCACCCUCAACAUCCAUUGUGGUUAGUGGGAGCUCGGAGAGCUCUGCUCCUUUAACUGCCUGCAUGAUGUUUUCCUGAAUAAUACAAAAGCGUAGUGCCUAACCCCUCCGCCCCCCGCCACCCCCACCAAGCCGUACAGCAUCCUCCAGCAGUGGCCCCAGACGCAGUGGCUGGAUCAUUGGCAGAAAAUACAGGUUCAGUAGGGGCUGUUGGGUGUGUGAUCGUACCCUGAUUUUACACAUGGAGAAAAUGGGGCCCAGCGAGGUGAAAUUAACAUGUCCCAUGCUGCUGCAGAGGCUUUGAACUCCAGGAGUUCCUGGCUCCCAGUUCUGUGCUCAGGCCCCUAGACUGUGCUGCCUCUGCCUAAAGCGCAGCCUACCGCCCUCGAGAAAGUAGCUCUGUCCACGCAGUGCUGGAUCCUGCUGCUACGUCUGCAGAAGUGAACCUCCUCUCCCGGGGGCAGAGCCAGCCUGUUGCAGUGGAGUUUCUGGCUGCUUUCACCACAGCUAUUGCAGCAAGGAGCCUUUUGAAACGCCAAUCGGGAGAGUGUGGCAGCGAUCCAGUUGGAACAUGGGUUUGACACAAGGGAUUCUGACCCUCGCGGGGACGGGGCCUUGAACAGAGGAAGGGAACACGGAGCCAUAUGGGAGCCAUGCAAGAGCCAUGCAGCCCCCAGGAAGGUCCAGAGGACAGACUGAUUGUACUGGGCCAUAAAGCGUAUUAGUGGGUGUUCCCUGUCACACCCACAGAGCAGCCAGCAUGAAUUAUCUUCCCUCCUGGGGCGUCCACUGCCCCACUUUGCCUAUAAAAGCCUGAAAUCAACGUUUUUGCCUCACACCCCAAAAUGAAGCUGACAAAGAAGAAUCAGGAGAGCACUGAUGCCAGCAGGGGCAGGAAGGGGAAAAUGACACUUCUGCUCGCAGGUGUAACGCUGGUGUCCACCUUUGGAUCGUCUUUCCAGUACGGUUACAAUGUCUCCGUGAUCAACUCUCCAGCUGUGUUCAUGCAAGAGUUUUACAACCAAACCUACCUUGACAGGAACGGCAUCCCGAUGGAGAGCAGCUUCCAAACACUGCUCUGGUCUCUCACCGUGUCUAUGUUUCCACUCGGAGGUUUCUUUGGGUCCCUUAUGGUCGGUCCUCUGGUGAACCAAUGUGGCAGAAAGGGCACUUUACUGAUAAAUAACAUCUUCUCCAUUGUCCCCGCCAUCCUCAUGGGAACCUCCAAGGUGGCAAAGACCUUUGAGGUGAUCAUCCUCUCGCGAAUCAUCGUGGGAAUAUGCGCUGGCUUGUCUUCCAAUGUCGUUCCCAUGUACCUGGGAGAGAUGUCCCCCAGAAACCUGAGAGGUGCGGUCGGGGUGGUGCCCCAGCUCUUCAUCACCAUUGGCAUCCUUAUAGCUCAGAUACUGGGUCUUACUAACAUCCUUGGAAACGUUGAAGGCUGGCCGGUGUUACUAGGCCUAACUGGGAUCCCUGCAGUGGUGGAACUCCUCCUGUUGCCCUUCUUUCCUGAGAGUCCCAGGUACCUACUGAUACAGAAGGGCAAUGAAGAACAAGCCAGACAAGCUCUGAAGAGGCUGAGAGGCUGGGACGACGUGGACGACGAGAUCGAAGAGAUGCGUCGGGAAGACCAGUCGGAAAAGUUGGAAGGUCGUCUGUCCGUGUUCAACCUCUUCACCUUCCGAGCCCUGCGGUGGCAGCUCAUCUCCAUCAUUAUCAUGAUGAUGGGCCAGCAGCUUUCUGGAGUUAAUGCGAUCUUCUACUAUGCAAACAAUAUCUUCAAGACUGCAGGUGUGAAUGAAAACGAUGUGCAGUAUGUCACCGUGGGGAUAGGUGCCGUCAAUGUGGUCAUGACUUGUGUAGCGGUUUUCAUCAUUGAGUCCCUGGGGAGGAGACUUCUGCUUCUCGCUGGCUUUGGGAUCUGCUGUGUGUCCUGUGCUGUGUUAACGAUGGCCCUCAAUCUCCAGGCCACUGUCUCCUGGAUGCAGUACCUCAGCAUAGCCUGCGUCAUCCUCUAUAUCAUUGGACACGCUAUCGGAGCUAGUCCAAUCCCGUUUGUGAUGAUAACUGAAAUGUUCCUUCAGUCGUCCCGGCCUGCGGCCUUCAUGGUGGGUGGAUCUGUGCAUUGGAUCUGCAACUUCACCGUGGGGCUCGUCUUCCUUUAUAUGGUGGAAGGGCUUGGAGCCUAUUGCUUCCUUGUCUUCUGCGCCAUCUGCCUGGCCACCGUCAUUUACAUCUUCUUCAUUGUCCCUGAAACCAAGGGCAAAACCUUCAUGGAGAUUAAUCAGAGCAUGGCCAAGAGGAACAAGGUAGAAAUCCAGAUGGACAAAGAAAAUCUGAAUGAUUUCCAGCCUGCCUUGGAGACACUGAAGAAGAACGAAGAAGGAUACUCCGUCAGUGGGCUCUGAACCGGUCCACAGUUUCCUCUUCAGUGGAGGAGCAGCUUCCUGGCUGGACCUUUGCUUUUUCAUUCAAACUUUUUCUGCAUGUCUCCCACAGUGGGAGAGUUUCCAAAGAAGCCAGAGAGCAGAGUCGCACUAGCUGCUCCCUGCCAGCUCUAGCAUGAAUGUUGGUGGCAAUGUUUGGGUUUAGAAAAUUUAUCUCCUUUCUCUGCAUUCACAGGUUGAGCUAACUGGGGACCCUAACUCUCAGGCAGCAAAACAUUGUCACUUAAUGCUUAAGUAGCAUGUCCAAAAUGCUCUGUAAACUAGUCCAAAUUCUGGAGAGGUGGGUAUCGCUGUCCCUGUCCUACAGAUAGGGAAACCGAGGCAGUGAAAUUUACAGAGUCAUUUGCAGAGCCGGGAUUAGAUCCCACAAGCGCCUGCCUUCCCGCCCUGCUGUGGGCAGUAGGCUGUGCUGUCUCCUGGUGGAUGUAGGCUGCCAAUUCAAUGGGAGCAGCAUAACUCUGGUACAAAACAAAACAAAAAAAUACCAAGGGCAUGGUACAAUGAAAGCUCUGGGGCUGGGUAGGAAGUGGGUCAGUGCAGGGCCCUGGCCCACCCUCAGGACCUGCUUUGUGCAGCUGCUUAGGGCCCAUCCGGCAGCAAGACAGACCCCCCCCUGGGAUGCAGUGUGGGGCAUCCAGACCUGGCCGUGCAGAGGGGGGAGAGCCCUUGCCAUAAGCCUAACACCCUGCCCCUGCUGCCAUGGGACACCUGGGGGUAUCGCCCCGGUGCUCCCUCUGGCAGAUUUGACUCUUUGGGCCUCUGUAGCAUCACACAACGUUGUGCAGUGACAUGGCCAGGAGCGGUGCCACCGUGACGCAGGGUCCGAGCCACGGUGCCAAGUCUGACUUCCCAGCAAAGGAGCAAACGCAGCUCCUCCUCCCCACUCUCCCUGCUACUCUGGCUGUUUUUGCACCCCCGGGUUCAUGAUUUCAGUGGGUGCCAUUGAAUCCAUGAACCCCCACUAAAGCUGCCCCCGGUGCUGCCUGUCCAGUUAACUCUCUCCAAUGCAGUUUCCGUCACACGUAGCAGGGCUGGGACACACCAGCUUGGAGCUAACUAGACCCCUCCCCAGGUCAGUGCCAAGCAAGCAGGCUGAGCGCCCCUGGGAGCGCACUCUGGCUUUCGUCAUCGCUGGAAGUAUCGUCCCACUCCACCAUUCAAGCCAACGUUGCCUGAAGAGCCACCCAAGGAAAACGGAGUGGUUCUCCCUCUGCUGUAAUCCUCCUAACCAGACAGAGGAAGCUGGUGCCUCUGAGACCCAGUGGGCAAAAGCUCCAUCAGGCAGAAGUGUGAAGAUCCUUGAUGUGGCAAUAGCUAGAGAAACAGGGAGGUUCUUGGAAAGAACUGGCGAGGAAGAGGGUAACGUUAGCCCUUAAGGCAGAAAAGGCUCUUGCUAGGUUGUGCUGGAGCGAUUGGUUUGUAGCUGUAAAUAAAUCUGAUGGGAUGAAAA